CAGCCCCUUCCAUCCCCUAGAUCGCGGGAUCGCUCGGGUCGCUGUCCGGCGAAAAUGGCGACAGCGCCACCGUCGCCCCGCGGCGGCGGAUACGGGCUGGGGCUAGCGGCGAUUGCGUAUGUGACGGUGGAUUACCUCCGGGAGGUGUCACCGUCGUUGCACUCGACGCUGCAGCCGCUGCUAUGGGCGCUGGCGCUGGCAGCCGUGGUCCGCGUGCCCUUCUACCGUCACUGGGACGCAGAGCUCCGGGCGGCGAUCCCAUUCGUCGCGUCCCUCCUGUUUAUGCUCUCAUCUCUUCUCGUGGAGGCCUUCGCUGUGCAGUUCGUCACCGCCGUCCUCGGCCUUGAUUGGCACAGGACUGCCGCUCCUCUUCCUGACACAGGCCAGUGGCUGUUUCUGGCACUGAAUGAGAAGCUUCCUCCUUUUGUUGUGGAAAUAUUAAGAGCUCACAUCAUUGGUCUACACCAUUACUUGAUGCUGUUCUUGAUGCUAGCAUUCUCUGUCUUAUUUGAAUCUGUUAAAGCUCCUGGCCUGGGAAUUGGUGCUAGAUAUAUGUUCACGAUGGCUGUCGGUCGGCUUAUACGUGUGUUGACAUUUAUCUCCACAAUUCUUCCUUCAGCACGCCCUUGGUGUGCUUCCGCUCGCUUCAGAGUCCCUCGUCAUCCUCAUCCGUGGGCCCAAAAAUAUUAUGUACCAUAUGCCUCUGACGCAAAUGCUAUUCGUCAACUACUGUAUACUGACACAAACCAGGCACAAGCUGGUGAGUACCCGCCCGAUUACCGACCAAAUUGGGGAUCAAUGAGCUUCCUGAUUGAUAUAUUGAGGCCAACUGCUGCUGCGGAAGGCACAUCAUGGUUCAGCACCCUCAAGAGAGCAGGAGGUGGCUGCAAUGACCUUGUUUAUAGUGGCCACAUGUUUAUUGCCGUGCUGACUGCAAUGACAUGGACAGAAGCAUAUGGAGGAUGGACAUCUGCCAUUAUCUGGAUGCUAGUGCUGCACAGCGCACAAAGAGAAAUUCGAGAGCGACAUCACUAUAGUGUUGAUUGUAUCGUUGCCAUCUAUGUGGGUGUUCUCUUAUGGAGGUUGACAGGAUUUAUCUGGUCUGCCAAAGAUGCAGCGAGACUGAAAAGAUUGGCUAAGCUUGACGAGGUCCAAGGUAGGCUGAUUCAAGCUGCCAAGGAUGCAGACUUGGGUGAGAUCAGGGAGUUAAUAGAAGAGGUUGAGCGUGCGGGUCAGGAUGGAAGAAAAUCUUCCAAGCGGAUGAUAUGGGCUUUUGCCUCUUUCACCAUCAUCAUCUCCCUUGGACUUGGCCUCCUUGCCUUCACAUGGACAACAGAUGGGUAAGAAAUUACCACUACUGUAUACUUGCGGAAAGAGAAUCGCUUGUUCUAGUUACCCUUAUGUAUUGUUGAUCAUCUUCUCUUUUAAAAAGCUUCAAAAUUGAAGGAUUCGUAUGUCAUGCUUUUGCAGUA